CUUCCUCAUUGGACCUGCCCAGUGCCGUAGGCUCCAGUGUCUCCACAUGCUGACCCAGCAAGUUCUAGAUGACACGUGGCCACGUGGAGUCUGUGUACAGGUUUAUUGGUUGUGAGGUGGGCACUGCAGGUUCAGCUCACAGGAAGCUGAGGCUCCUGGAAACUGGGGCACCUGCCUGAGGGCACCCACCUAUUGAAGGGCAGAGCCAAUCCUGGACCUGUGACUCCGCCUUCAAGUUUAUGCAGAGCUGCUCCUGUGGCAGGACCGAGUCCCUACCGUCCCAAGCAGGCCUGGGAUGGGUAAUGGUGUGAAAGAAGGCUCGGUGCGCCUGCGUGAGGAUGCCGAAGCCGUCCUGCCCUCGCCUGUCUCUUCAAAGAGAGACCACAGGCAAGUGCUCAGCUCCCUGCUCUCCGGCGCCCUGGCUGGUGCUCUCGCCAAGACUGCAGUAGCUCCCCUGGACCGAACCAAAAUCAUCUUCCAAGUGUCUUCAAAAAGAUUCUCUGCCAAGGAGGCCUUCCGUCUCCUCUACUUCACCUACCUCAACGAGGGCUUCCUCAGCCUGUGGCGCGGGAACUCGGCCACCAUGGUACGCGUGGUGCCCUACGCCGCCAUCCAGUUCAGCGCGCACGAGGAGUACAAGCGCAUCCUGGGCCGCUACUACGGCUUCCGCGGAGAGGCUCUGCCCCCUUGGCCUCGCCUCCUGGCUGGUGCUCUGGCUGGAACUACCGCUGCUUCCCUCACCUACCCCCUGGACCUGGUCAGAGCAAGGAUGGCCGUGACUCCCAAGGAAAUGUACAGCAACAUCUUUCACGUCUUCAUCCGCAUCUCCCGAGAAGAGGGGCUGAAGACCCUAUACCACGGAUUCACACCUACUGUGCUGGGGGUCAUUCCCUACGCCGGGCUGAGUUUCUUCACCUAUGAGACUCUCAAGAGCCUGCACAGAGAGUACAGCGGCCGCCGGCAGCCCUACCCCUUCGAGCGCAUGGUCUUCGGGGCCUGCGCGGGUCUCAUCGGGCAGUCGGCCUCGUACCCGCUGGACGUGGUGCGACGCCGCAUGCAGACUGCAGGUGUCACCGGACACCAGCACGGCUCUAUCAUGAGCACGCUGCGCACCAUCGUGCGGGAGGAGGGCGCCGUGCGUGGCCUCUACAAGGGCCUGAGCAUGAACUGGCUCAAGGGCCCCAUCGCGGUGGGCAUCAGCUUCACCACCUUCGACCUCAUGCAGAUCCUGCUGCGGCGCCUGCAGAGCUAGGGGACCCUAUGGGGCAGCUGUUCUUCGGAUGGUGGACCAGUGGCCCCCUCUGGUGUUCUGAGCCCACGGAAGAAAGGUGCGCUUGGUUCUACCUGACGAGCCACGAUGUGGCGCUUUGUGGAACAGGCAGCAGGCCUGGGGGACCUGGGCUGGGCGCCCACAGGUCCAAGAGCAAAGCGGGCAGGCCCUUGAAGUGCAAUGUUGGGGCGAUGGACAGGGGCUCCCGCUGUCCCCUCCCCUCUUCCCCAGAGGCUGGCGCUGUCUCUGAAGGUGUUGCCCAAAAUGCCCCAAGUGGAGGGUGGCCGACUCCGCCUCCUGGCGCUGUGUGUCGUCUGACAUGCUGCUUAUUCUAGUGACACCUGUCCACACUAGCUCAGAGCCUGCCCUUUGUUGCUCUAGCUCUGUGUGCGUGCCUGGCCUCCGGAAUGAGCAGGGGCCUUUCCUGGCAGCCAGACCCUGUUCAGGAAGGGACAAGCCUCGUGCUCAACUGUGGCUACAAAUGCAGCCCCUUACCCCGACCUCCACCCCACACUGCCGCCUUCAUUGUUUCCCAGGUGACAAUUCUCUGUCUCCACAGCCUUGCCUCAGAGCAUCAUGUCCCUCUUAGACUCCAAGGUCAUUGUGGGGCUGACGAGCAGGUCUUUCUUACUGUUGUUGCCUACUUAGUGUGUCACCUUCCCAAGAGGGCUCCCACACUGCAGGAGUUGGCACAGGCCAUCUCAGGUUUGGGUCUGACCCCCAGCCUGGCAGUAUCUGAUGAAAACAGCACUCUGGCCAUCUCCUCUAGGCCCGGAAGCUCCUGCCACACCAGCCACCCCUUUGGAGGCCAGGUUAGGCCCCCACCCUCUGCCCAGCUGUGACAUCAGCAAUCCCUAGCUCUACUUGAACAGGCGCUUGGCCAGAAAUGGCAGCAAUUAUGGCGCAUGAAGGGUGGUUUGAUUUCCAUGAAGAGCACAGAGGUGUCUGGUGGCCCGGGUGCUCCUGGGGUGGGAGCCCCUGUGACUGUGGGGGUGGGAAGCAUGGAAGUGCGCACACCCCGGGGAGCCCAUGCCAGCUGGUCUCAUGGAACAGUGCCCUGGGGCCCUCAAGGAUCACAGAGCCUCAGAAACAGCCCUUUCCUAAUAAUGUACGGGGUUUUUUGAUUUUUGGGGGGGUUGGUUUGGGUGUCUGAUCUGUUCAUCCCUGAGUAUUCACAUCAAAUCCCCAUCUGGUGUGAUCGGGUCCCCUUGAGGGUGACUGUGAAGUUGGCUCUCACAGCCGGCUCAGCGGCGCCUCCUGCGCAGGAUCUGAGCAGGGCUGUUUGUCCCACAUGCUUUUGCAGCUGGGACUUCUGUUCCUUCCCUCCCUCCUGUCCUCUCUGUUAUUUCUGCCUGUGUCCCUGACUGUGAAGACCCCUCCCUGGCCUUCCCUGCACGUGUCACCAGCCGCCUGCACCACAUCUCUAGGCUCAUCUUCAGAGGCCCAGGUAGCUCUCGAUGGCCUUGAGGGACUGUCCUCUUAAACAACCGUCUCACCCACUUCCCAACCUUGUCCAGCCCCCAGACUGGGCAGGAGAGGCCCAGCCGCCUCACGGGGAGAUGGGGGGCAAGGUCCUGGGCAAAGGACAGUGCAGAGGCUGGGGUCCCACCCCAAGCAGGUGACACUAAGUGGAUAAUUGGGCAGUGCAUGCCUUUGGGCCACAGACCGGAAAGGAGAUACCAGGGCCAGAAGAGUCCCCCAGGUUCUGCUGGCCCUGGUGUGCCACGUCCUGGUGGCUCCUACCCCUGUAUGCAGCCAGCCAGGUGAUGGAACCUCUGAGGUCAGCCCCCUGCCGCUUGCUGGUCCUGGUCUGGAGUUAUAUUUUGAUGCCAUGAAGACACUUUGUUUAUAUAUAAUGUUUAUAUAUUUUAAAGAUUUGUGCCAAGAGAGUAUAUUUAAUAAAAAUGUACAUGACUUCUUCUCCUG